CUGGGCUGGAGUCAGUGGAAAGGACAAGAUGGCCACGGACUGUCAAUAAACCAUAAUCAGGAUCACGGAUGAUAUCAAAAAACAUAGAAUUACUCCACAAUGGGUUUGUCUCAGAGUUCAGAGGUCUCCGAAGGAGGGGCGUUUGGAUAUCACGUGCACGGGGUGCAGGUGAAUUCUCCCGCAGAAAAGGCCGGACUGCAGCCAUUCUUUGACUUCAUCCUGUCCCUGGACACCACCAGGCUCAACGAGGAGAACGACCAGCUGAAGGAGCUGCUGAAGGCCAGCACGGAGAAGGCGAUGCGGAUGGAGGUGUACAGCACUAAGACCAUGCAGCUCCGGGAGCUGCAGGUGGUGCCGAGCGCCCUGUGGGGGGGCCAGGGGCUGCUUGGCGCCAGCGUCCGCUUCUGCAGCUACCAGGGGGCCAACGAGAACGUCUGGCACGUCCUGGACGUGGAGCCCAACUCGCCGGCGGCGCUGGCGGGGCUUCUACCACAUGCAGACUACAUCGUCGGGGCGGAUCAGGUUCUGCAAGACUCGGAGGACUUCUUUUCCCUCAUCGAGGCCCACGAGGGCAAGCCGCUGAAGCUGAUGGUGUACCACAUCGAGUCGGACAACUGCCGGGAGGUGGUGGUCACACCCAAUGGAGCCUGGGGUGGAGAGGGCAGUUUGGGAUGCGGCAUUGGCUACGGUUACUUGCAUCGAAUCCCAGUCCAUUCCACUGUUCCCAUGGAGACCCCGGAACCCCCAGCCCCUGAGGAUCCGCCGUCCCCGGCGAUGGUCACCCAUGGGUUCACGGAGGCUCCUCUGAUGGCAGCCCCGGGGCAGAGUGAAGACCCAGGGGACCAGGUCUUGUUCCAGGGGGACCCGGCCCCCCCGCCGCCCCUCCAGAGACUCAUGGACCUCGAUGUCUCUGAGGCCGAGGUGAGCACAGACCCCGCUGAGUCCGUGGAGAGGCUGGACCUGUCGGUGUCCUCCAUCGACAUGACCUGCACCUCCCUGGCCAUGCACGAGGAGCGCGACUGCGACAUGUCCGGCGUGGAGGAGCUGAAGGACUGCGACAGCGCUGAGUGCCACCCCCACGAGGACCUCAGCUCUCUGGCCACCCUGGACCUCACAUCCACCUCCGCUCCACCCGCGUCCCCACCCGCGUCCCCACCCAGCUCCCUAGCCACAGACUGCCCCACCACCACCACACACUCACCCCCUCUGUCCCCCGCCCGCAGCGUGUCCCCCGCCGCGUCCCCAGACUCUCCCCCUCCCCCCUCCACCCCCCCCCAGGUGGACCUCCUGCCCCACCGGACGCUCCUCGGCGAGGCCUCGGAGGACGACCUCCUGUGCCAGGGCGGCGCCGAGGAGGUGGAGGGGGAGGAGCCUACUGAGCAGACACCGGAGCGAGGGGCGGCCGGGACCCCCACCCGGGAGCACUGGGACGACGAGGAGGAGGAGCAGCAGAAGGAGGAGCGAGAGCCGUGAUGGGGACCAGGCUGGAGGAGUCCUCCGUUGAGCUGGGUGUCCGGUCAGGCCGUGCUGCACGAUUGUGAACACAUUGCGCACCCGCACACUAAGGGAAGCCCAUCCACAAGCAGAGCCACAUCUUAAACCUACAAAGCUAUCUCGUUAUGUUUUUAUCCACACCAUGUUUUUCAACUUUGUCUUCCGUUAAAUCAUAUAUUUGUAGUGCUACGCUGUUCAAAUCGUUAUGCUUUAGGAUGGGAGGAUUUUCAUUUUUUUUAUUUUAUUGAUACGUAUGUUUUCAUUUUGCGUAAAUUGUUUUGACUUGGCAUUGCUUGACAAUCCUUUUGUAUACAUCAGUGGAGUUACUCGAUUAAGAAUACUUCCAAAGACACAACAUUGUUUGUAGCCAGUGGUCGGCCUCUGCUGGCUUCACGUUAUUUACUACACUAAGAUUUAAAGCACAUCUUGUAAUGCCAUGUCCACGCAUUUUUCCUUUUUAUCAAUUUCAUUAAGGUAUUAUCGAAAUUUUAAACACAUGGGUCAACAAAAAAGUUUUUUUCAAGACAUUGCAGCUGGAAUUAGAAAUAUUCUGUGGGAACUACUAUUGGAUUGUUAGCAUUUUGUAAAUUUACAAAGGUCACUACAAGAGAAACAUUAAGUCUAUUUAGUGUUGUCGUUACGUUAAGCUCAAUGCUGUGUCAUAUCAUUUUUCUGAUCUAUGCAAUAGUUUAGAAAUCAUGUUAGAAAUAUAUGCUUUAAAUAUAAAUGUAUUUUUAUUUGUACACAUUUAAACUGCUGUUAAAUGAUUGCUUUUGUUUUAAAGUGUAGGGUGUCUUUACACAAGUACACUAAUAGUUAAAAUGAGGAGAAAAAAAUGGGUAUUUUUGCAGAUAUUUUAUCAAUGAACUGUAUGUUUUAUUAGGAAUGAGUGCAAACAACGUUUCUGCUGUUGAAUGGAGGAUGGGUGAAUUUUAUGUCUAGAAGAACCAGAUCACCCGAAAGAAGAAAAUAAAAACAUUUAAAAUGA